UCAAUUGUAUUGGUAACCUUAUUUUUUUUCUUUUAUUUUCUUCCCAAACAUUUUAUUAUCUUGAAGGGAAAAAAAAAAGUUCAGUCGUAUACGUCGAACGUCACCACGCCUGCGUCGCCGUCGAUGGCGGCGGAAGCAACGAGAAAGAAUCCCAUCGCCGUAUUUAUGGCCUUUGGUACCAAAGGCGACGUUUAUCCGAUCUCCGCCAUAGCUGCAGCUUUUGCUUCUGAUCAGAAGCAGUAUGAAGUCGCAUUUGUGACUCAUUCAGCUCACGAGGACGUGCGUGGUCAUCUGGGAACAAAAGGAGUUCAAUAUUUCCCAAUUUUUUCGCCACCCGUUCUAUCUUCUGUGCAAGAUAACAAUACUGGAGGCUCUACAGAGGGGUCUUUUUCUAUGCAGAAGCAUGAGAUCACGAGAAAACACAGGCAAGAAUGUCUUUUAGUUGUUGAAAGCAUCUAUGGAGAAACCCCGACCAUUGAUGGUGAUCUUAUUAUCAUAAACUUCUUUGCACUGUGGAUAGCUGAAAGAAAGCUGCCAAAGAAAAUAUCUGUUUCAAUUCUGAAAGAGUGCAUGUCAGGCAUGUUAACCGGGAGACAGUUAUCUGGUUUCUUUAAUGAUCGGGACAAGGAUUAUUUGGAAAAAGCUGAGACUAAGGAAGGUUGGAGUCUUGCAGAACUAUUUGAUAUUCGGUGUGUUGUUGCUGCUCCAUAUGUUGUUCCAUAUAGCGCCCCUUCGUCUUUUGAACGUCAGUUUAGGAAUGAACUUCCUCUUUUGUACAAGUAUCUUCAACAAGCUCCAACUGGUAAGAUUGGUUGGGAAGAUGUUACUCAUUGGAUGUGGCCACUUUUCUCUGAAGAUUGGGGAACAUGGAGAAGCCAUGAGCUGCAAUUGAGCUUCUGGCCUUUUACGGUGGAUCCAGUAACUGGCCUCCCAACUUGGCAUGUUCGGCCUCCUUCUCCCAUUCUACUAACUGGAAAGAAUACUGUGAUUGAUUUGUGUUCUUACCCUUUACUGGCUUUGAAUCCAACAGGUAUGGCUUUAGCCAAGAAGUUGUUGAGUGCCCCGGUUACUGGCCUUCAGCAGUUCGAGUUUGUGGCUUUUGGUUUCCCCCCGUUGAAUGGCAGUUCUCCUGUUCCAGAGCGACCUAUUUUCAUUAGUUUGAGUUCUAUUGGUAGCAUGGGUUACAUGAGGAACCCCCAGGCAUUUCUUCGUGUUCUUGAAAAUGUCUUGAGUAUCACAAAUCAUAGAUUUAUUCUGUUGUCUGCUGGUUAUGGACCUCUUGAUGCUGCUAUCCAAUUGUUUGCCCAGACACCAUCAUCAAAUACUGAGCGAAUAGAAUCUACUGAAAUCCAGACCUGCCUAUUUGAUGACAGACUAUUUUACUUUUCUGGUGGAUCUACUGCGGUGGCUUUACGUGCAGGAAUUCCUCAGGUUAUCUGUCCAUUUAUUCUCGAUCAAUUUUAUUGGGCCGAGAGAAUGUGUUGGCUUGGUGUUGCCCCUGAACCAUUAGAUAGAUCAUGUUUGGUCCCGGAUGAAGAUGAUGACACGUGCAUAUCAAAAGCUGCUAAUGUGAUUGUUGUUGCAAUUAAUUAUGCGUUGUCUACUGAGGUCAGAUUGCGUGCCACACAAAUUGCUGAUAGAAUAUCGACCGAGGAUGGUGUCUCUACAGCGUUGAGGGUAAUUGAGAAAGAAAUCCUUUGCUCAGAUUCAUAGAAAAUUAUCUCAUAUCUACGCAUCUCCAUUUGUUGUAAAAUUAAUAUGGAAAAUGUUUGAUUGAAGAUGCAUAUGGAAAAUGUUUGUCCAUUUAAUAUUAAGUCUAUGUUUGGAUUGAGGGAUUUGAAUGUCCUUAAUUUUGAAUCUUUUGAAAUUUGAAUUUGCUACUUUUAAACUCCUUGAACGUAUUUGUGGAAAGAAUUAUAAAUCCAUUGUCUAACUUGUAUCGAUGGUGUUGGCUUGCCGUUCUGAUGAAUAUAAAUGAAGAUUCAUACUCGCGGAUAAAUAAUGGAUUUGAAAUGACUAGGUUUG